AUGGGAAAAUUCUACUUGGGUUCUGAUUCUGAUGUUGAGCUUUUCUGUUUCCACCUCUGGCAUAUCUGGAAAUCGAGGAAUACACUAGUAUUCAAGCAUUUGACUACGACAGUCUCGGAGGUUAUCUCUCUCAGCAUCUCUGCUUGUUUGAAAUAUCAGGAAGUUCAGUUGCAGACGACUCCUAUAGGUCCUAAGGAUUGUUUGACUCAGCAUAUACUUUCUGAUCAGAAUUCCCCAUAUGUGUUCCCUUCUUAUGCUCAGUCUACAAUUAUUCUUCGUUAUGAUGCUGUUGUGGACAAACUUCGCAAAUUUGGGGUAAUUGCUGUUAUUGCUUAUGAUUAUCAGCUUACUGUUGUGGGUCGCUUCUCGGCUGUUUUUCGUCAUAUUUGGGAUCCGGGUAUACUAGAACUGCUGGCCCUUAGAGAAGCGAUGAACUGGGCUAAUAGUAAAUGCUGGAAAGAUGUGGGUUUUGAAGGAGAUGCUCUCCAAGUUUCUGCAACAGUCAACUCAGGCAUCUGUUCAAAUGUUGGUUGGCAGAACAUUUGUGAAGAUAUAUGGCAUCUUCGUCAAGCUUUCAGAACUUCGACUUUCCGCUAUAUUCCUAGACUUCAGAAUUGGGAUGCUCAUGAUUGGGCUCAAACUGUUAAGCAUUCUGUUUAA